AUAUUGGACUGGGUAACUAAUUUGGAAUAAAGAAAAGUAUAUUUUUAUUAUUUAAAAUAAGAACCACAAAUGAUCAAUCUCAUGUUGGUAUAUGUGCAUUCUAUUCGGAUUGCUUCGAUAUAGCCUUAAGUCAUAAGCUUUUUAAGCAAAGGUAGAUAGUAGCACAGGAUGCAUAUAUGUGUAUAUAUCUAUCGAUAUCAGUAGCAAACACCACACUACAAUCUCCAUAAAAUUUCCUACGUUAAUAUGAGUCAAUUAUUAUCACAAUUUGAUUUGACUUACCUGAACUUAGUGUUUGUUCCACUUUUCAGAUAUUCAAUCAGAAUACAAUCAUCAGCAUAUUGAAAUCUUAGUUCAUUUACCUCAAUCGACAUCAUGAAUAACAAUAUUCUUCUUGCAACCACGUUUAUAAUUCUUUCACUUCAUGCUUCAUACACUGCUCAUAUGAACACAAGUCUAACAGCAUCGUUUAGUAUUGGUUUAGGAAUAACAACAUUUGAUGUAAUUAAACAAAUGGUAUUAACAUCUAUGACUCAAUCAAAUAAACCAACUAGUCCAUUAUUGUUUAAUUUUACGGAUCCUCAAAAUACACUUAGCAAAUGGAUUGAAGUAUCAGAUACAGUUCGAGUUGAAGGAAGAUCUAAAGCUACACUUGUACCACAUAUUGGAUAUAAUUAUCGAUCAGCAAUCUUCUUUUAUUUACUUAAUCCACAACCAACUGGUGCUUGUUUUGCUGGUGUCGACUACAUAUUAGAUGCUUGGGAUUUGUCAGCAUAUACAGGUGUUGUGAUUGAUCUACAUAGACAAGGUCAAAAUUCUAAUUUCAAAUUGAUCUUCUAUGGAAAUUGUUCAGAAAUAUUCACUUGUCAAUCAUAUGAGUCGUUUUUCGAGACAUCUGGAGAACGUCAACAAAUAAAAUUACCAUUUAGUACAUUCAAACCAUACUUUCGUGGAGAGCCGAAAUUUGAUUUACCAUCUUUAGAUAUAACUCAACUAUCACGAUUCGGUAUACAAUCAUAUGGUGGUAUCUAUGCACCGACAAGACAAUUUGGUCCAGGUUCCAUUGAAAUAUUCACUAUUUCAGCAUAUAAGGAAGAUCAAAUGCCAGCCUAAAGAAACCAAGACUACGUGAUAGGUAGUACUUAUUGAUAUUAUGGUUCUGUUUAGUUUGUGUUAGGUAGUUUUAUCAAUAAAUUUUAUAUAUUGA